UGCCGGAGCGCCCGGGGGAGCGGGCGCUGCUCGGGGAGCGCAGCCCCGCGGGAUGGAGCCCGCAGACAUCACGCUGAAGCUGCUGCUGGUCGGAGACAGCGCCGUGGGCAAGUCCAGGUGCUGCUGCUGGUCGGAGACAGCGCCGUGGGCAAGUCCAGCCUCCUGCGGAGGGUCACGGACGGCACCUUUGAGCCGCGCCUGAAACCCACCGUCGGUAUUGAUUUUAAAGUGAAGAAAAUGGUGGUGCAGGGCCGUGCAGUACAGCUGGCCAUAUGGGAUACAGCAGGACAGGAGCGUUUCAGAGCACUCACUCCCAGUUACUACCGAGCAGCUCAAGGGGUUGUUUUAGUGUAUGAUGUUACAAGAAAAGACACUUUCACAGGACUAGGAGGAUGGCUGAAGGAGCUGGAAAUGCACACCACCAACAGCAACAUUGUGAAGAUGUUGGUUGGCAAUAAAAUUGAUAAGCCUGACCGUGAAGUAGAGAGGAAGGAAGGGCUCCAGUUUGCCAGGAAACACUCACUGCUUUUUAUAGAGACCAGUGCCAAGACACAGGAUGGAGUGCAAUUUGCCUUUGAGGAACUGGUCAUAAAGAUCCUGCAGACUCCAGCUCUUGGGGAUGAGAGCACAGAGAAGAAGGGAGUCCAGCUCAUGGAAUCUUCAGCACAGCAGAAUAAAGGGUUUUGUGGUGCCUCCUGUGCACUUAUUUAAAUGUGCAGGUGGCUGUUCUGCCUGACUAAAGGACUUGAAAAAAAAAAGGGGUGGGGAUGGAAUUCCAAGCACCAAUCUGUGCUAUGUUUGAUGUGCAUCAGUUGUACAGAUCCAAAACACGAACUCAUUAGCAAAAUACUUUUUUAUUCCUUGACAAAAACCACUUUCUCCUUCCCUUUUGCACAGCUGCUGUCUGCAGAUAUUUUUCUGGUAGCUCUCAGACUUUUCAUAGUGCUGCUUAAGAAUAUUGUGCUCUUGCUGUCCAUUCAACAUGGACUUUUGCUGGAAUUCCUGCCUUAAUAAGGCAUAAAUAAGGUGGUAUUUAGUUCUGGAAGAUUACUGGGAAAUUUCUCUUCCCUGGGAUGGUAUGGGAGGCUUUUCAGGCACCCAAGUUUCCUUAAUGCAGUUACUCACCAGGAGUGAGUAACUCACACUGAGAACACAAUUUCCUGAUUUUGGAUGCUUUUUAAAAGUCAAAAUUGCUCCAUGUCCCCAGAUGGUAAACUGAGUUACCAGAUAAUAUUAGGGUUAUCAGGAAGAGGAUGAAUCUUUUAACACUUGUCAGGAAACCCCCCCUCCUUCCCCUGCAGCUGCCCCUGUGCUGCUCUCUUUGCACUGAGGAUCAGGGAUGGAAUGCACUCCUCAUUUCACUCAUUUUGGGCUGCCUCACACCAUGGCUGUGGUUUUGCAGUCACUGGUUCUCUGCAAACCCUCCUCCUCUUCCAGCAACCACAGUGACAAAUUUCAUUUUCUAUUUAAUAGAAAAUGUGCUGCCUAUGGGACUUCCCACUAGGCUGAGAGCGUCUGUCACCAAUCCUACGAUGAAAUUACCUUUUGUCUUUUACACUUUCAAUGGCAAUACUGUAUUUUGUUAACUUACAUUAAAAUAACUGAAAAUUUAA